AUGGAGGUGCUGGUCCUGGCCGGAUACCGCGCGCAGAAGGAGGGCGAGCUGAGCCUGGCGCCCGGGGACGUGGUCGGGCAGGUGUGCCCGGGGCCCGCCCGGGGCUGGCUGCGCGGAGAGCUGGGCGGCCACAGCGGCCUCUUCCCCGAGCGCCUGGUGCUGGAGAUCCCGGAAAGUCUGCGCGGUACCGGGGAGGCGCGGAGACCGCGCUGUCCGCGCCGCCGAGGUCACCUCGCCAAAUCUUGGGGUCCCCAAAGAUGGUGCAAAGUGAACUACAACUACAUCCCGGAGCAGACAGACGAGCUAGAACUGCAAGCUGGGGAGAUAGUGGAAGUUAUAAAGGAGAUUGAGGACGGCUGGUGGCUGGGGAAGAAGAACGGGCAGCUGGGAGCCUUGCCAUCCAACUUUGUGGAGUUGCUGGACAGUGGGCCCCCAAGCCUUGGUAACGCAGACAUGCCUUCCAUCAUCUCUGGCUUAGAGCAGCCUCCCAAGCUGUGCAGCCUGAUGCAGGACAGUCCUCCCGACUACCUGCGGACAGCCUGCCACCCUGAGACCUACAGGGUCCUGUUUGACUACCAGCCUGAGGCCCCAGACGAGCUGGCGCUGCAGAAGGGGGACGUUGUGAAAGUACUGAGGAAGACCACGGAGGACAAAGGCUGGUGGGAAGGGGAGUCUCAAGGCAGGAGGGGCCUUUUCCCCGACAACUUCGUUCUGUCGACACCCCCGAUCAAGAAGCUGACCCCACGGCAACUCCCACGGGACUCAGAUCCUAUUAAGGAAGUAAAACCAAUAAAACAAAAAAAGAUGGUGCCGAGAGCCAUCCUCCCUGCAGUCAAAAGGAUGGGGACAGCUGCCUCUCCUCCGGGGCCCAGCAAAACCAAGCUAUCCUGGACACCUGACAGAGAGAGCACCAAGCUCCCCACUGGCCUCAGCGGGGAUCAGAACCACGUUGAUAAGAAGGGAUCCAAAUCCCACGUUGCUGCUGGUCAGAAGGGAGAGCAGAGCAGUUCAGCCAAGGCUGCCACUCUGACAAAGAGCCCUGUGCCGGGCAAGCGAGGCACCCCAAAGAGGACCCGGGCGGCAGAGAGAAACGCCUCUCCAGGACAGCACCUGACGCCAGAGAAGACCCUCACUCCACAGGAGACCCCGGCUGUGGACAAGAAGUCCCUCACCGCAGACAGCUCCUUCCCUGCGGAGACCCCUGACCCAGAAGCCUCUGUCCCUCGGAGGGAGGGGGGCGCCUCUGAGGUGACCCUAGGCCACUCUCAAACCAGUGACUCCUCUUCGGAGGAAGCCAAGUCUCCCGUGGCCACUGACACGCAGUCCCUGGGGGUCCCCCCGCCCGAGCUGCUGCCCACUCCCACCACAGAGCAGCCUCCUGCCCACCCGGAGGCUACCCUGAAAGUCGGAUCCUCCAAAGAAGAGGCGCCGCCCUCAGGGGAUGACACUUAUCCUGUCAAGCUGGCUCCACACCCUCAAGAGAGUUCCACAGUCCAUUCCCCUGCCGCCCAGAGUCCCCCAGAUGGCAAAUAUGACAACAGCAUCAUGAAGCUCACAGAGGAAGUGAAGACGUUGAAGAUGGCCCUGGAGCUGAUGGGGGAGCGGAUGGAGAGGAAGCUGGGCCACCUCUGGGAGGAGCUGAAAAGCGAGAAGGAGACGCGCCAGAGUCUGGAGGUCCAGCUGGGGCUGAGGACGCCCAAACCGGCCGCCCCGAGCGCCACGGGCGAGCAGACGGACGCGCAGACGUAG